CGCAAAUCUGCUGUGUACCGUUACAUUAUUGUCGGUCUGAAGGUCGACAACAGGGGGUUAAUAUGCUACGGUGCACCUUCUGCAAUAAGGUGUUUCAGGGAACCCAAUUCUACACAACAAAACACUUCACCCAGCAGUAUUAUUGUAAGAAGGUGUCCGAUGAUGCAUUGUACCAGAUUGCGCAGAAAUGCACACACCGCUUCGAGGCCGAUCAGGUACAGAGGGUGCGGCGGUUCGUACACGAGCGUGGUCUCGAUGUCCCGCGGUCGGGUGCGAUGGGUGGCAAGGCAGAGCGUCCUGCACAGGGUGUGGGCGAGGGAGAGGAUACCGAGCAUUAUGCGGAGGGAGGUGUUGCGAGAUAUGGGGAGGGUGCGGGUGCCGCGGAGGAGGACGAGGCAGACGUUGACCUAGAGGUUGGCGUGGCCGAGGGGGAGCGAACACCGAGGGGAGAGGGGGGCGUGCCGAAGUCCGAUCUGACGGCUCAUCAGAGGGCGGUGGACUGGGAACGGAAGUGCGGGAAGAAGGCCGUCCCGCCUGAGACGACAUGCACGCCGAGUUCUUCGAAGAGUGCUGUUCCUGAUAGAGCAAGCACGCCAGGUUCUUCGAAGAGGAAGGAAGGGGGUGCACAACUUUCUGGCACCAGUGCAGGGAAGAGGUUGCGACAACAGAAAAUGACGGACACGUAUGGUGGCGAGUGGAUUAGUGAGUGGAGGAUGGCAUUCUUUCGCAGGGUGUAUUCCAGCGGGAUUGCCUUGAAUGCCUUCCGCAACACGCCAUACCGAGACCUCCAGCAGGUUGCUUUUCGGCAACCUGGUGGAGUACCUCUUCCCGUGCUUCCAUCCCACAGCGAGAUCGCAGACAUGCGAACUGUGGAGAUCCACCACGAGCAGUUGGCGGAGGAGUUGGAGGAGGUUAGGCAACCCUUAUGGACGCCUGCUCCCACAACCACGCGAGAGCAGACGAGUAUUCCCGCUACGCAGUCCGGACCCUCGUCCCCGUUGCCUCUUUCUGGUCAUUCUAUCCCAGGAUUCUUAGCAUCCGCUCUGCCCGUUCCCGUUUGGCAUGACGAGCGCUCACCUGCACCGGUUGGGAGGGAGGACUUGGGAUCCUCGUUGCGCAUCCACGGACAUGGAUCAUUGUUUAGCGUAGCCCGUCCGCUCGUCUUGGACCCGCGUGCAUCGAGCAACUUGGGGGAGAUGGGUGUUCAUAGCGGGGCACCACCGGUGGAGGAGAAGGAGAGACGAGCGGAGGAGCACGGAGCCGCCGGAGCGGGCGGAGUUGAGGGUAUUCGGGGUAUGGAGGAGGAGGUAGCUGGAGUAGUGGGGGGCGUGGUGGAGGUAGAUGAUGGUGUGCACGCCGGGAGAGAGGAGGCCAUGGCGAUGGUUGAUGAUGGUGAGCAGGUUGAGGGAGUGGAGGGCGUGCUGCCAUCGGAGGUUGAGAGAGAGGACGAUGUGGUGAGGACGCAGGAGGCGAUGAUGAGGGACGAUGAGGGAGAGGAGGCUGUGGCAGGGGUAGACGAGAGCGUGGCAGGAGUAGAUGAUGGUGCUGCCCAGGUUGAGAUGGAGGAGGAUGUGGUGAGGGCAGAUGCUGCUGCGUUGGUUGGGGGAGAGGAGGGUGUGGUAGGGGGGGACGUCGCCCAUGGUACAGGAGAGGGAGGCGGCGACCUUGACCCGAUUGUCCAGCGUUUCGUCGAUGACGAGAUGGGUCCCGCACUAGCUGGUUAGACCCCGGGCACGAGGAGGGCACUGGGGGCAUCGCCAUCAGGACAGAGGGGGGCGUCAGGGCUGGGGAUGGGGGAUUUCAUGGACAUAUCUUUGGGGGAUCCGCCCACCCCUGCUCACGCACAGAGAGAGGAUGUGGCGCAUGCCCUAGCGGCGGUUGGGUACUCCACACAGGAGAUCGAGCAGGCAUUUGCAGGACGCUCCGGGAGAGAGACAAACAUGCUUCAGCAGGGGUGUGAGGAGGUAGUAGAGCAGCCACAGGAGGAGCAUGAGGAUGCACCCCCUGCGGAUAUCCCCGGAGGUAG